GUGAGCUCAACUUGCUGUCAUUAUCACCGUGCGGCUCAGCUGAAGUCAUAAAUCGCGAUCUAACCGCAAGACUCAAGAACACAGCGGCAAGCCAUCAAUGGAUUUAGUGAGUAAACGCGAGUAAACGACCAAAGACAACCGGAAUACAAUUACAUUUUUGGACAUGCACGGACAUCCCACCAACUGGUGUUUUUGAAGAACGACUUGUAUCAGAAAUAACUGCAGGACUAGUUUAACCCUGGAACUACUUACCUACUGACUUAAAAACAACACUCUUUAAAGGUUGUGUCUGGUAUGGCCCGACCAGAGAUGGAAAGCAGGGUAGACGACCGCAACCCUGGAGCACCACAGAGCUGCAGGAUGGAGGUGCUUCGCCAGGACACAUGGUCGAGUGGCGGCGUCAUUCAGUCCUGCCACCGGCACUGUACCAUCGCUACUCAGACCAGCACUGUCUCCGCACCCCUAUCCCACAUCCCCACACAAGAUGCCUUCAGCUCGGACAGUGUCCGGCAACAGGACACUCCACUCAGGGAAAAUACAGGUACACAACAAGAAGUCUUCAGCCCGAGUGAAAGCCAUUUACCCAUGCCCGACCUACUACUAUCGGACAACCAGAGCUCCUCAGAGGACUCUGCCGGUGAGGACAAUCCCCGACUGGAGGAGCGAGCAGUAACGAGGGUGGCCAUACAGCUGAGGACCAUAGGAGACCAAAUGAACAUGGUUUUUCUUCAAAGGAACGCCGCCCCACGCUGGCAGAACUGGAGGGGGCUGUACCACGGACUCGUCGCCUUUGUUGCCGACACCAUCAAUGCUUUGUACCAGCACGGGCUGAGAUAAACAGACGGGUUCGAGUCUCAGGAAGAGUGCGGGCGCUCUCCUGCUGACCACUUACAAACUGUUUCUGCUCUGGGAUUUUUCUGCAGGAUCAGAUAUCUUUCUUUCUAUGUUUUAUUUUUGUUUGGGUCUAGUUUGUUUCCUAUCGUUUCCCAAUGUAGCAUACAGUAGCGACUGAAGUGUGUGUCCCGGUAUAGAUGUCAGUAGGUGGUGUGUGAAGCACAACUAUUAGGUACUCCUUUGCAUCUUCGACUCGAAGGUUACAUUAAGUCGGGUUGCUCUCGAGAAAGGAGAUUGAUUAGAUCAGUGUAGCGCCUUGGGCCCAGAAGUGCUUUAUCUGUCAUGGGUUUUGUCUCAGCUGCCUUACAGGAGCAAUAAUUGCGCCGCACUAUCAGUCACCAGUGGCGCAGCGCACGUGCCCGCAUAGCAUUAAUGGGAAACGGGUGAUAAUGAUCAAGACUAUUAAGAUAAUGGAAUGCGCACAUGCUAUGUUAAUGGAGCACAGCUGUAUUGUGCCUUGCUAACACCCUUCCAUGAGCCCUUCAAUUAUUAAAGCCAUCAGCGGGUAGUGUGCAGGUGCCCUGUUGCCCCCCCCCACCUAAAUCUACACUUCGGGACACAAAUUUGCCACUUAAUUCUGAGAUUGGUCACCUCCAAUGGAGGCAAUGGAGUGAUAAAGCCAGACCACUAGUUGUUGAAAUGGCUGGAUAGCAGUGUUAAUAUUUGUAUGGAUUACACGUGUACAUAUUUUGCAAAAAACGAUAGAAGGAUUUGGGAGUUUUUUUUCUCAUGUGUGUAUAUUUUGAUGAAAUGUCCUUAAAGUACUUAUUUUUAUGUUUCUUUUUUUUUUCAUUUCGGAGCGGUAAGAACAGUUCGUUGCGUUCUUCCAUUAUUUUGGACCAACACUGGAAAGCAACUACUUUUCUUGAAUCCAGUGGAUUUCUGACUAUGUGCAAAUUUAGGUUGAAAUUAUCCAAAGUCCUGUGGCAUCUGUGAAACAACUUUUUAGAUGUACUUUUUUCAAUUCUCAAUGUUGAGAAACACAGGAUAAAUUAAAUUGUAUGUCCAUUUGUACAUUUGGUUAUUUUGAUGACAAAUUAAAUAUGUUAGGAAUGAUCAGGUGGACUGAAAGAGCAUGGAGAUAUGCAUUAAUGUAUGGACCAAAUAUCUCUAAUAACUUAUUUGUCAUCAUUUCCCUCAACAAGACACUCAACUUUACUGCUGUAAUUUAUUUGUCUACAAAUGGAUGAGGUUAAUGUAAGGAAAUAAAUAAUAAUAAUAAUUAUAACCUGAGCCAAACGUCCAUCAUACUUGAACAGAUGUGUUUCAAAGUAAUGUGAUGGCUGUCCGUUGUCUGGAGAUACAGUUUUUUCCAGGGGCCUUUAACUGGACAGCCUUUACAGACACAUAAAACUGUUAUGUGUUUUAAGCACUUCCCUCAAAAACCACUUUUGAACAUUUGGUUGUGAAUCCCUUCAACCACUCAUUUGCGUUUUCAAUGGCUUAUUAAUGUGGGAACAAAGAUGUCUCACCUGUGGCUACCUAUCUCAUGACUUCCUGUGUAAAUCAACGUGGUCCACUUUUCUUGUGGCCGCCUUAUUACUUUUCUGAUUCAGCCCAUCGCUGAAGUAAAGGCCUAAUGUGUACUGUCAGAUUCACACUACUCUCAAGUUCAUGUCAAGACUGGUUUUUUGUACUUUUGCCAUAUGAAUUUUUCUAUGUAAAAUUUCUAUAUGAAUUUUGUAUUGUUUUUCCUUACCAUUUUCAAUAAAUAUGAGAAUUAC